AUGUCUGGCAAAGGAAAAGGCAAGGGAGGUCGUGGAAAUGUGGAAGGAAAGACGAUGAGUCGUUCUGCUCGUGCUGGAAUUACGUUCCCUGUGGGUCGUAUGGCUCGUUACAUGAGAGACAUGAGAGUGGCUGAUCGUAUUGGCGCUGGAGCUCCCGUGUACUUGGCUGCUGUGAUUGAGUACUUGACUGCUGAAAUUCUGGAGUUGGCUGGAAACGCUGCUCAGGACAGCAAGAAGAACCGUGUGGUUCCCCGCCACAUUCAGUUGGCUGUGCGCAACGAUGAGGAGUUGAACGCGCUGUUCGGCAACGUGACGAUUGCUUCUGGAGGUGUGAUUCCGUUCGUGCACUCGGAGCUGCUUCCCGAUAAGAAGGAAGGAGAGGAGGACGACAGCGAGGAUGAGAAGGAGGAUAAGGAGGACGCUGAGCCAUCCCAGGCUUAUUAAAAUUCAUAUUGGAAUUGGAAUUGGAAUUGGAAUUAUAAUUCUCUCUAUAUAUAAAACUGUAAAUUAGAUUGAUACAUUUUUGCUU